AUGGCAUCACCAGCGCCCGAUAAGAUCGGGCCGGGAUCCCCGCGAAAAAGAUCUGAAAGUAUUGCAACAGGGUCAUUGAGGUCGGAGGACAUGCGCCCAGAGAUCAGGGACCGAGCACAAUCCGUUACCCAAAAUGAAAGCCAACCACCGAGCACCGGCUUCGACGCUGCCGACCGUGUCUUCCCCAUUCGGUCAUUCGUUUCGAUCGACCCUAAGCCCGUAACACACCAUGCGACUACCGCGCAGGCGCGGGCGGCACGUUCGCCAACGCGAGAAGGGGCCCGAGAAUACUCAUUCAUCGACGAAGAUACGUGGAAUCAACUACAGUCACAACCUCCCUCCAAUGCGGAAGCGAGUGGACCGACCAUACCCACCGAUAUUGAACGCCAUGAGACACACGAGGUAGACGACAGCACGGAGCUUGCAGCACAUUCGAUGGCAUCUGAGGUUAUCCAGCACCCCGAUAUCUAUGCCAAACCCACAAGCGAUAGCAACUCCGCCACCGGUUCUACCGCCUACCCAGGCGCGCACACCACGCCCAGUGACGAACAGGGCCAUUACACCGCUCGCUUCAAACAUGUCAUGACAGAGAAUGGUCAUGCUGUGAUAACAGGACGGGAUGGAAAGGCAUUCCAAUAUUGUGAAGAUGAACCAAUUCGCAUCCCAGGUGCGAUUCAAAGUUUUGGAGUUAUGCUUGCUUUGCGAGAGGAAUCGCCCAAUCAGCUUGUGGUGCGUGUGGUGAGCGAAAACUCGGCCGAUUUCUUCGGUCAUUCGCCCAAGGAACUAUUCGAGUUGGAGAAUUUCUGCGAGAUCAUGCACGAAGACCAGGCAGAUAACCUACUGGAUCAUAUCGACUUCAUUCGUGAUGAUGCUUACGACCUCACCAUCGAUGGACCGGAAGUGUUUUCCUUGGACAUUCGUACGCCAUCGGGGGAGACCCGUCGAUUCUGGUGCGCAGUUCAUGUUUGCCAAACGCAAAAGGAUCUGAUCAUUUGCGAAUUUGAGCUGGAGGAUGACGAGAUUAACCCAUUAAAUGUCGCGGGUACUACUACCCCGGCUUCUCCAACAGAUACUUUGGGCGUCAACCCAACCCCAGAGCAAUUGGCUGAAAGCACAAUCAACAUCAGCCAACCUCUGCGCGUUCUUCGCAAGGCCCGUCGGAGGAGGGGUGAAGCAGCCUCGAUGGAAGUUUUUAGCAUCUUAACACAAAUCCAGGAGCAGCUGGCUCGGGCAAAUCAUUUGGAUCAAUUGUUGAAUACCACUGCCGGAUUGGUGAAGGAGCUGACCGGCUUUCACCGAGUCUUGAUUUAUCAGUUCGACAGCAGUUGGAAUGGCAUGGUAGUUGCGGAACUGGUUGAUCCUAAUGUCACGAUCGAUCUCUAUAAGGGCCUUCAUUUCCCUGCAUCUGACAUUCCCGCGCAGGCGAGAGAACUAUACAAGAUCAACAAAGUGAGGUUAUUGUAUGAUCGUGACCAAGUCACGUCUCGCCUCGUUUGUCGCACUUUGGAAGACCUCGAAACCCCUCUCGACAUGACACAUGCUUUUUUGAGAGCAAUGUCGCCCAUUCACGUGAAGUAUCUGGCUCACAUGAAGGUCCGGUCUUCAAUGUCUAUCAGCGUCAAUGCUUUCAACAAUCUAUGGGGCUUGAUCUCCUGCCAUAGCUACGGUACCGCGGGAAUGCGUGUUUCGUUCCCAAUUCGCAAAAUGUGCCGGCUUCUUGGUGAUUGCGUAUCACGGAACAUCGAGAGGCUUUCUUAUGCCUCUCGCCUGCAGGCACGGAAGCUGAUUAACACUGUACCGACUGAGGCCAAUCCGUCCGGUUACAUCAUUGCGUCCUCGGAUGAUCUGCUUCAACUUUUCGAUGCAGAUUAUGGUGUUUUGUCGAUCCGAGACGAGACCAAGAUUCUCGGCGAUAACAACCACUCCCAGGAACUGCUUGCACUGCUGGAGUAUCUCCGCCUACGUCAGAUGAACUCAGUGCUUGCAUCGCAUGAUAUCACCAAGGACUUCCCUGACCUGCAUUACGCCCCGGGAUUGAAGGCCAUCUCGGGACUAUUAUAUGUCCCACUUUCCGCCGCUGGCAGUGACUUCAUCGUUUUCUUUCGUCGCGGACAACUCACGGAGAUUAAAUGGGCUGGUAAUCCAUAUGAAAUUGCCAAGCGGAAAAAGACCGCGGGGUAUUUGGAACCGCGUGAAAGUUUCAAGGCAUGGCAGGAGACAGUCCUGUCCCAGAGUCGCGAAUGGACGGACACGGACGUUGAGACAGCUGCAGUUCUAUGCCUUGUGUAUGGUAAAUUCAUCAAAGUCUGGCGUCAGAAGGAGGCUGCUAUGCAAAAUUCACAACUCACUCGACUGCUGCUGGCCAACUCCGCGCAUGAGGUUCGCACACCCUUGAAUGCUAUCAUCAACUAUCUUGAGAUUGCCCUCGAGGGUGCGCUCGAUGCAGACAUCCGCGAGAGUCUGACCAAAUCUCAUUCGGCUUCUAAAUCCCUUAUCUAUGUUAUCAACGAUCUACUGGAUUUGACAAACACUGAGAAAGGACAGGCGUUGAUCAAAGAUGAAAGCUUUGACCUUGAAGCCACUUUCAAGGAGGCCUCCGACAUGCUCUCCGGUGAGGCCAAGCGGAAGAACAUCUCCUACACCGUGUCAGUCCAUCCGGGUAUACCUCACUCGGUGCUCGGAGAUCAACGGCGUGUCCGCCAAGUCUUGUCAAACGUGAUUUCGAAUGCAAUUCAAAAUACCGCCUCGGGUGCUGUUACUACCGAGAUGUGGCGGUCGGCGAACCAGAGCCUCCCAGGUUAUGUGGCAGUUGAGGUUAUAGUUGUCGACACAGGGUGCGGAAUGUCGGAGAAGAAGCUGGAGUCUCUGUUCCACGAGCUUGAACAAGUUUCCACCGAUGAAACGUACUAUCCCGAGGACGAGCCAGAACCAGAGCAGUCAGACUCGCCCAAACAACCAAAGAAACGUGUCUUGGGUCUUGGCCUUGCCCUGGCGGCAAGAAUUGUUCACAACAUGCAAGGACAGCUUGGUGUUAGAUCAGAAGAAGGAAAAGGUAGCCGAUUCAAGAUUUUGUUACAAUUCAAGUUGCCAGAAGGGGCCUCCCCUGACAGCAUUGCUUCCGCGGGCCCUGUUGCUCCCCCGACUUCUGUGCUCCCUGACAAGGAAUACAGGCUAAUUGGUGGGGCAUACGAGGCUCGCGAGAGUGACCGUGAUCCAAGAAGAAGAAGCACGGAAAGUCUGAACAGUGGCGGCAGCUCUCGCAGUGGGAAGAGCCAGGCCGACCGUCUCAUUAGCGCCAUGCAAGAACCAGCUUUACCCACGAGAAGUACGAGUCAUGGCUCAGACGUCAAACCGCCUGAUCUUCGACAGCUCAAAAUGGGCAGUCCCAUUAGUGCGAGCAGCCAUGUUCAGUCUUUAACGUCGCCGGUAGCGAUACAAGACCCGAAGCGAUCAAGUUUGACAGAGCACCGAGCCAACCUCUCUUCCGCCUCAUAUACGCCGCCGAUUAUGUUGCAACCGCCGGUAACACAACCUCCGCCGGGCCUGGAGAACAUCACGGACUCGGGAGUACCGAUGAGUGCUUUGCGAAUAUCCCAGCAAUCUGCAAACACGAUACCGCCCCAUCUGCAGCGUGUUGAAGAUCAUUCCUAUUUCCCCCGCGCCAAAAAUAUCACAGGAACAUCACAGCGUUCAACGGACGCUACCGCAUCUAAACCAACAAACGUCUCACCUGAUUAUGAGCUGCUGCACGUACUAGUUGCGGAGGAUGACCCGGUCAAUAGCAAGAUCGUGUCAAAACGUUUGACUAAGCUUGGUCAUACUGUACACUUAACCGGCAACGGUGAAGCCUGUGCCACUGCUUUUGGCUUAACCACCGAACCCUUUGAUGUGAUGCCGAUCGUCGAUGGCAUCGAAGCCACAAAGAUGAUUCGCGACUUCGAGAUUAAGACUCCCAAGAGUGCGCUUUCCGACAAAGCGAGAAAGGGCAACAACCGUGCGCCGAUCUUUGCAGUAUCAGCUUCUUUACUUGAGAAAGAAAAGGAUAAAUACACCGAUGCCGGAUUUGAUGGCUGGGUCAUGAAGCCAAUCAACUUUGCUCGGCUGAAUGUACUUUUCAGCGGCCUCUGUGACCCCGAGGCCCGACGAGAAGCCACCUAUAAGCCUGGUGAAUGGGAGAAUGGUGGAUGGUUUGAGUCACAUUAG